AAUUCACGACGAUCGCGACGACUUCCUGCGUACGUCUACGCCUACGUCACCCAUUGCAUCGCGAGUCGAUCUCCGACAAUCCUUCCACCGCUACAGGAGCUCUUGGCUCUUACUUCCCCUCCGAUAGAAUCGAAAAAAGGGACCACAUAAUCACCGCAUCAAUCGAAGGGGCUGGACAAGGCAGACCAUCAUGCCGGGGUUCGCUGAUUCCUUCUGGUCGAGCGAUUACGCUGCGGGACUUGGUGUCCUGUUCAGCAAGCUUCAACAAGGUGUUCAUGAGAACAGACAGGUUCUGACCAUCGCACGCCUACGCGCCGAAGCCGAGGAGACCUAUGGUCAGCGACUUGGCGAUAUUGCUCCAUCGGCCGACAAGAUCACUGGUGGCUUCAGCCGUGAUGACGGAGCUACCGUUCGUAAGGCCUUCGAUGGCAUGCGAAAUGAGAUGCAAGAUGCUGCGCGCAACCACCGUCGCAUCGCCCAGAGCAUCCGCGACCUCGUUGUCAACCCCUUCUCCCGCUGGUGCGACGCCCACGAAGCUCGUAUCCAGGACUCUCAAGAUGAGCUGCAAGUGCGCAUCAAAGCUCAUGACCGUCAGGCUGAGGCAGUCAAGAAGCUCCGAUCCGUGUAUUUCAACAAAUGCCGACUGGUAGAGGACCUCGAAGAGGAAAAUAAGCUUGCUUUCCAGGAUCCUGAAACCAGCCCCAAAGGCAAUCAGAAUAUUCCCGAGAUUAAGGUUCAGCCUCAUAAGGAGGAGGAGCCCGAGGAGGAAGAGCUAUAUGAAAUUGGUGACGACACUUACCAGCCCGAGCAAGUGAAGAAGAUUCUUUCCCAGAUGCUUUCCAGCAUCAAGAUGGGCGAGACCAAGGUGCCAAUCCUAGGAACAUAUCUCAACACUUCCUCCGGUUCCGACAUCGUUGAAUAUUUGCAGCGUAGCAUGGGCAACAUCGGCGUAGCUUAUGCUGAGCGAAUUGGUCAAGAUCUUGUUAACAACGGUUUCCUUCGCCUCAUCGGUAAUGUGGGAAGUACAUUUGCCAACAGCUCCAAGAUGUUCUACCAAUGGCGACCCAAGGCUUUCCAAAUGGCUGGUGUUCCUGAAAAGAAGUCUAUCAACCGCACUUUCUCACUGGCUUCUACGGGUUCUGAGGGCGCUGAUUCUCCCGUUGGAACUGUCAGCGAGUAUCUUGCCAACUGGAAUGUUCUUAACAACUCUCACCCUAACGAGACCCCUAGCCAGCGUCUGAAGCGAGAGGCUUCCGAGGCCGAUGAGAAGUACCGCGAGGGCGUCCGCAAGCUUGACCAGCUUCGAUGCGAGCUUGAGGAGGCUAUUCAUCUUCAUCUCAAGUUCCUUGAGCGCUGCGAGCUUGACCGUCUAAAGGCUGUCAAGACUGUCAUCCUCGACUUCUCGGGCACCAUUGGAAACGUCAUCCCAAGCCUGCAGUCUACUGUAGACCAGAUGAUGCUCUUCCAGGAGACCAUCCAGCCCCAGAGCGAUCUACGUUAUCUUCUCGAGACCUAUCGCACUGGAAGUUUCGUGCCCAAGGUGGUCGUCUAUGAGAACUAUUAUAAUAAGGUUGACGAGCAGACAUUUGGUAUCGAUCUUGAGGCGCGUGCCAGGGCUGACAAGAAGCGCGUGCCCAUGAUUGUUACCACUAUCUUGACCUAUUUAGACCACCAUUACCCUGAUCUUGAAGGUGAUGAGGCUCGGCGAGGUGUGUGGUUGCUGGAAGUUCCGCUAUCACAAUCACACCGUCUACGCGCCAAGGUUAAUGACGGCAAGCCUGUUUCUCCUGAUGUGUUUGAUGAAUUUGAUAUCCCCACGGUUGCCAGUUUGCUCAAGGUCUAUCUCUUGGAGCUUCCUGAUUCUCUGGUCUCCUCUCACGUUUAUGAGAUUAUCCGAACUAUUUACUCUACCCCAUCUACUGAUGCUGAUGAGUCCUCUCGCAUUGCUGCUCUCCAAUCUACUCUAUCACAGCUCCGCCUCACCAAUAUUGCCACUCUCGAUGCUUGUAUGAACCACUUCACUCGCCUGAUCGACUUGACUUCUGCCGAUGAAGCUUAUGUUGCAUCUCUUGCUACCACUCUUGCACCUUGCAUCCUGCGGCCACGAACUGAGACCUCACUCACUAUGGAAGAGAAGCAUGCGUACCGACUGGUCCGAGAUCUGUUUGCCCAUAAGGACGCCAUCUUUAGCGCCCUGAAGCGCAUGUCUAUGGUUACACACUCCACCUCUGUUGGCAGCAACAACCGCCCUCGAGCCAUUAGCACCGACGAAAGCAACCGUAAGGCCCUUAUGGAAGAGCGGAAUAGAGCUCUGCUUGAAAAGGCCAACGCAAGCCGCGGCCGUGAUAAAAGCCCUGCGCCAGGCCCCCGUGGUCACCGCCGAGACCGAAGUACUGGCGGACCAGAGACCCGAUUCCCUAUUGCCAGCCCAACAUCGGCUGUUGAUCGACACCGCACCAGUCUCGGCGGAGUUAUCAAGAGACAGAGUCUUGAAGUUCCCGAGCCCGAUGGUGCUGCCCCUGUAAAUGGCGAUGCUGAAAAGGAUAAGUCUGACGCCGAUUCGGAGAAGCGAGACAGCCGUGAUAGCACAGGACGUACACCAACCAAGUUCGUUGGUGGCAAACGAGUUCCUGUGGUGCCAUCGACUCCCCCUUCAGAAUCCAACCGCGGCGUGCAACUUGAAGAUGCUCCGAUGGAGGAUUAGUUUUACGAUACGGAGCCAAGUUUUAGACAGCGGUAGGAGGCGGAGUUUCGGUUCUGAACCAUGACAGACCCAAAUAGAGCCACGCCUUCAUCUUGAUCUUGAACGGAGUUGGGAUUUGGUUAACAGCGGGACUGCAGGAAUAGAGGGGAGCGGCUCG